AUGCACUACUCCCUCCUCACCCUAGCCACCGUGCUAGCCCACACCCAGGCCCAAGCCGUCCCCAUGCCCUUCGGCCUGGGCUCCGUCCCAAUCCCACAAGGCCAAGCAAACGGCAACAUCGGCGGAAUCAACGGCCAAGAUGCGUACGCCGCUACGCCAUCCUCCUCCGCCUCCAUGAUGCCCGCCCAGAGCCACGGCGCCAAUUACCACCAGUACAUGCACGCACCAAGUGCAUCCGCCUCCGCAUCAGCCUCAAUGAUGCCCCAGCGCCCAUCAAACUACCACUAUCACAUGACGCCCAUGGUCUCGUCGUCCGCAAGCCACUACAUCAACAUGCACGCCGCCUCAGCUUCCGCCUCGAUGCCCUUCUCAGUCUCAGCCUCAGCCCACGCAUCCGCAACCCCCUCCGCGCGCGCAGGCCACUCCCACGCCCCAAACCACGGCCUGCACGCCCCGCACGCCCACGAAGGCUUCCCCGCCCCCGCCGGCCUCCCCAAGGCCCCGGACGCCGAGAGCUACAACGGCGCAUCGACAAAGCACGGCGGCUACACGGGCGGGAACGGGAACGGGUUCACGCAGACGCACGGCGACGACUCGAGCAGCGACGGGUCGCCGCCUUUGAUGGAGAACGGGCCGCAGAUGGGCGAGAGCCGGGAUGACAGGAGCGGGAAUGCCCCGACGCCCGUUGAUCAGGAUGUCGCGCCGAUUCCGGACUCGAGGCCUGGUAGCGGCGAUAUUGCGCCUGUUGGGAAUCCGAUGGCGCCGGGGUCGAAUGUUGCGCCUGUUUUGCCGCAGAAGUCGCAUGGUGUUGAUGAGGGGAAUGGGUUCUGUUUGGGUCAGUGUUAUCAGAGUCCUGAUCAGGCGCAGUGUGCGCAGCCUUAUGUGAGUUUUGUCCCUGUUUUUUUUCCUUUUGCAUGA